AGCAAGGGCAUUUAAAUGCUGCACGCCCCCUACCAGGCGUUUUCAGUGAAUAUCGGGGCCCCAGCGCCCGCCGCAUACAGCGGGUUCCGACCAUGGCGCCGGCUCCCACUCCUGUCGGAAGGACUCGGGGGGAACGCGGACAGCUCUGCGCCCUCUCACCGGCAUCCACAGCGGGGACAGGCCCACGGCACUGCGCUUGCGCCCGCCGCGCAGAGCAGGGCCCUAAGUCCCAGCAGGCUGCGCGGCCGCGGUGGGCGGGGCUUCCGGGGGAGGGGCGACCGCGAGGGGCGGGGCGGUCGUGGAGGGCGGGGCGUCCGGGGAAGGGAGGACCGCGAGGGGUGGGGCGUCCGGGGCUCUGCACUCUCGCCCUGGCGGCUGAGAGUCGGCCGUCGCUCUCCCCGCGCUGUCCGCCCUUGCCUAGCGCCAUGGCCCAGCCGCCGCCCGAUGUGGAGGAGGACGACUGCCUCCUCGAGUACCACUACCUCUUCUGCCCUGACCUGCUUCGGGACAAAGUGGCCUUCAUCACUGGCGGCGGCUCGGGGAUCGGGUUCCGGAUUGCUGAGGUUUUUAUGCGGUGCGGCUGGAAACUUCCUGUGCCCUGCUAGCGUGUUGUCCUUCAAUGCCUUCAAGACUGUGAUGGACAUCGACGCCUUGGGCACCUUCAAUGUGUCUCGGGUGCUUUACGAGAAGUUCUUCUGGGACCACGGUGGGGUGAUUGUGAACAUCACCGCGACCCUGGGUACCCGUGGGCAGGUGCUCCAAGUGCACGCAGGCUCUGCCAAGGCUGCCGUGGAUGCGAUGACGAGGCACUUGGCUGUGGAGUGGGGUCCCCAGAACAUCCGUGUCAACAGCCUUGCUCCAGGCCCCAUCAGUGGCACAGAGGGGUUCCGGCGGCUAGGUGGCUCCCAGGCCAGCACAAGCAUGGAUGUCCUGGCCAGCCCCCUGCGGAGGCUAGGGAACAAGACGGAGGUCGCCCACAGCGCACUCUAUCUGGCCAGCCCUUUGGCAUCCUACGUGACGGGCGCUGUGCUGGUGGUUGACGGUGGGGCGUGGCUGACGUUCCCCAAUGACGUCAAGUUACUGGAGGAUUUUGCAUCCUCUGCUAAGCUCUAGGUGCAUUUUAGUUGUGUUCUCAGGCACUCUGACAGGUGCUGGACGGCUGAAGCAAAGGAGGCAUUCUGAAGGGGGCGCUGGUCCACAGCCCGUCUUGGAUUUGUGGAAUGCUUCUUUAGGGUUCCUGUGGGACCUGCCUCCCCUCCAGCCAAGAGCACCGGACCUGAUGAUCCCAGCAAAAUUCCUGAAGCAGAGACUGGCUCUUCUUCAGGGGCCCUGCUGUGUCCAUGGUCCCUCCCUGGGGCCCUCUCUCCUGUGCUGAGGCAGGAGUAACCAGGCAGUGAGGCCGGCCUGCUGACCUGCCUCACCAGGGUGUCUGGGGUGGUCAGCAUUCCAGAACUCCCUUAAGAGUAGAGAUGUAGCCAAGCUGCUGGGGUGUCCCCUGACCUGGGGCAGGGCCUGUACUACCACCUGCCCUGUGGCCUCUGGGCUGGCCUCCUUUCUCCUGCCUGUGUCUAGGAGGCACCCCCAGAGGCUCCUGCCACCUGGGUGCAGAGAAGGGCAUUUCAGGCUCCUGCCUUCCCUUCUUUGCUCUUCCACUUUGGGACCUUUGCUCAGCAAAGAGAAGCCCUGGAGGGUUGGGAAGUUAUGAUCCCUCAUUUAUUCCUUCUAUGAUCACUCUUUGACCUCUAGGCAAGGAUCUAAGGGAGCCACUGGACACUGGGGCUUGUUUCCGUGUUCCUGUGCAAGGCCCCCUCCCUGUCUGUACCACCAUUUGCAUAAAAAUAGGUCCUGCAGUUUUGCCAGAAAAUGCAUUUCCUUAAAGAAUAUUCUUUUUACUAUAAAAAUGUCUAUUGAUUGGGUUUCACCUAAUUUUUUGGAAGGGAAGGUGAGACACUUGGAAAGACUCCCUGGUGAUCCAGUCAUUAGAGGUCAGGGUGCAUUUCCUUCCUACCCUUUUUCUGUGAAGAACUUAGAAAAUGCUUCCCACCUAAUACUUGAAGCCCCGUUUUCAGGCAGGUGGAGCCCACCCAAGGUAAGAAGAGGCCGUCUGCUCCCUUGGUGAGACGGGGACCGUGGGUGUAGUCAGAGCAGGGUGAGGGCCUCUGGAAGAAGACCCCUACCAAAACUCUGUAUUAAACAAUUAAGCAAA